AUCGUGCAUGACGUAAACCUGUAUACCGCGCCCGUUAACAUCGAGAAUCUUCUGCGUUGACUACGGACUGAAUUUAUCUUUAUUCAUCCAGUUGUGUCCCUAAAAUUGCGAAUAUUUCAUCUUUUGAAAAUUCUCAAAUGGAAUGACGUUUUGUGUUUCUAAACCUUUGUUUAUAUUAAAUUUUUAAGGUCGACGUCGAAUACAAAACAUUAGUUGCAGACGAAGGGAGACCGGACAGAAAUGAACAUUAAAAUGAAUGCAACGGAGCUGAAAGAACAGGGCAAUCGCUUUUUUGGAUCACGUAAAUAUGAAGAAGCCAUUGGUUGUUAUAACAAGGCCAUAAGCAAAAACCCAUCAGAUCCCAAAUUCUUUACCAAUCGAGCCCUUUGUCAGAUAAAGCUGAGACAUUGGGAUUGCGGUGCAGAGGAUUGUAGACAUGCUUUAGAGCUUGAUCCUUCUCACAUCAAGGCACAUUUCUUCCUUGGACAUACCCUAGUAGAAGAUGAGAGAUACGAUGAAGCCAUCACAAGCUUCCGCAGAGCACAUGAUCUCGCCAGAGAACAGAAAGUGAAUUUUGGGGAUGACAUAGCUGCUGCACUAAGGUCAGCUAAGAAGAAGAGAUGGAACAUUUUAGAAGAAAAGAGAAUUACACAGGAGAUUGAAACACAGACACAUCUUAUGACACUCAUGGAGGAAGAAAAACGAAGGAAAAUUGAUGCAUUGAAAGAAAAAAUAGGUGAAAAAGAUGGAGAAGAAGACAAAGACAUACAUACAGAUGCUACAAAGAAGAUUGAAGAAGACUUUGAAAGACAUCAAAAGGAACUAAAUAGACUACUGGCUACAGUAGAUGAAAGGAGACAGAAACGUGAGGUACCAGAUUACCUUUGUGGGAAGAUUAGUUUUGAAUUGAUGAGAGACCCGGUCAUCACCCCCAGCGGUAUCACAUACGAUCGAAAGGAUAUCGAGGAGCAUCUACAGAGAGUGGGUCAUUUUGAUCCAGUGACCCGUUCUAAACUGACCCAAGACCAGCUUAUACCCAACCUGGCGAUGAAGGAUGUCAUUGAUACAUUCCUGUGUGAUAAUGAAUGGGUGGAAGAGUUCUAAGACAUCCUAUAUGGAUCACUGAUGCAUUCUUAUAAGACUGAAUGGGUGGAAGAGUUCUAAGACACACCUAUAUGGAUUCUUAUAAGACAAUGAACGAGUAGAGUUCCUGUAGAGUCAACCUGGGUUUACUAUGAAGGUCCAUGUAGGUGAUAUGCAGAUAUAUGGAGGGAAGUCCGAGUCACUUUUACCCAUCGACUACGCAAGAUGAUCCUCUGCGAUUGUACUCUAAUGUCCAAUAGACUGGGAAGGCACAAUAACUAUGGAUUUUGACACUGGAACAUUGAAGCUGGACUUCAUGACAAUUUGUGAUGCUGUCCAACACGAGAUGAAGUGGAGGAGUCUACAGAAUGCCCUAAAGCUUGUACUAUAUUAGGAAUACGUAUCGGCACAAUGCUCCUCAAUGAUUGCAACCAUGUCAGCUGAAAGUAGGCAAAGGUGCAUCAGUGUGCAGCACCAAACAGACUUU